AUGGUAGUUUGGCUCCCAAAAGUGACGCAUGUGUUUAGGAAUCUGCAAUCGGCUCUCCGAGAGCCGGAGGUCGUAGACGUACUCUUGGCUAGGGAAGUCGAGAAGGGCUACAUGCUUGGUCCUUUUUCGAACUCCCCCUUUUCUGUCUUCCGGAUAAGUCCCAUCGGCGUAGCUACCAGGAAGUAUUCUCGUAAGAAACGCCUUAUUGUAGAUCUGUCCGCCCCUCGCAAUUCGUCUGUCCCGAGCAUAAACAGUUUGAUUCCUCCGGAGCCCUUUUCCUUAUCCUACGCUACCGUCGAUAAUGCAGUGACGAUGAUUCGGACGGCGGGUGUGGGCGCUUGGCUGGGCAAGGCAGACAUUACUGAUGCUUUCAAAGUGCUGCCACUUCACCCGUCCCAGUGGCACCUCUUUGGAGUCAAAUGGCGGUCUCGGUUCUAUUUUUCGGUUAAGCUGACUUUCGGCUGCCGUAGUAGUCCUCAUAUAUUCGACACCCUGUCGGAGGCGUUGUGCUGUAUUCUCUAUAACGGCUGCAGGUUGCCUUUCGUGUUGCAUCUCUUGGAUGAUUUUCUGGUGGUGGAUUUUCCUUCUUCUCCUCCGGCUCGUAGCAUCUCUUUGUUGAAAGACCUUUUCCGGGAGUUGGGUGUCCCUCUCUCUCAGGAAAAGACCGUAGGCCCUUCCACUCGCUUGGAGUUUCUCGGCAUCACUCUUGAUAGCGUGCUCAUGCAGGCUUCCCUGCCUCUUGACAAGUUGUCUCGCAUUAGAGAGGCUCUUAGCUCCUAUUCCUCUGCUGCUGGUGUUACGAAACGUGGUUUGUUGUCCCUGCUAGGUCACCUGAAUUUUGCUAUGCGUAUUAUACCUCAUGGUAGGUCUUUUGUGUCCCACUUGCUGACUCUGGCUAAUUCUGUUGUGGAUUUGUCCGAUCUGGUCGUAUUGGAUGAGGGCUGCCGUUCGGAUCUUCGCUUUUGGUCCGUGUUGUGUAACGAGUGGAAUGGCAUUUCCUUUUUCUAUAAUGAUUUUGUUGAGUCCUCCGAUUCCCUCCGUUUUUUCACUGAUGCAGCCCCUUCUGUUGGUUUUGGGGGGUUUUACAACAAUGAGUGGUUCGCGGACAAAUGGCCCUUAGAGAUUCAGGCUCUCACUGAGUCCAAAUCAACAGCUCUCUUUGAGCUUUACCCCGUCGUCGUUGCUUGCCAGCUGUGGGGCCCCAGUUGGACAAGAAAACAAAUCGUGGUGUUUUGCGACAAUUCUGCGACGGUAGAAAUCAUCAAUAAAGGCCGCUCCAAAAUACCGAUAAUAAACAGCCUCAUGCGUCGUCUCACCUGGCUGUGUGUUCUGAAUAAUUUUAUUCUGCGGGCAGCCUUUAUUCCAGGUCACGAGAACCGCGUAGCUGAUGCCCUGUCUCGUUUUAAAUUCCAGGAGUUCAGAGACCUGUGUCCCCAGGCCAAGCCACACAGCAUUUCCUGCCCGCCGUUCAAUCAGAUGAUCCUGGAUUGAGCGCUUCUAAGACCCUGCAAGAUCUUUUGCACUCAGCCUCAAAAUACAUGAGAGUUGGCCUAGCGAAAAGUACCAUUAAAGCCUAUGAUUCUUCCUGGUUUUUCUUCACUUCUUUCUGCGCCAGCCUUUUCCUCAAUCCUCUUCCGGUUGACAUCUCCGUAGUUUGUGGCUUCAUCGUAUUCUCAUUUGAAUCUCGGCAUCUGCAAAUGCAGAGCAUCAAAGCGAUGUUGGCAGGAAUUCAAUUUCACAUGCGUUGUGCUGAUCCAGCUUCCCAAAGCCUUCUUGGGAAUCCUGCUGUCAAGCUACUGCUCAACGGCUUAAAAAAGGCACGUCCAUCAGGCAAUGAUAAAAGGUUACCUCUCACACUCACUAAGGUGCAUCAGUUGGUGUCUAGGUUAAGGCAAGGUCUCUUUUCACCAUACAUCGAUACCAUGCUGGAAGCAGUUCUCCUAAUGGCUUUUUACGGGUUUCUAAGGUGUGGUGAAUAUACUACAAGAUCCCUGUUAUUUAAUCCUCAGCAGGAUCUCACAACUGAUGAUUUAACCAUGGAAGAGCACAUGUAUUCUUUGUUUCUUAAACACUCUAAGACUGACAGAACUAGACAAGGUACUCAGAUCUUUAUUGCCAAGACUAACUCUGUGUUUUGUCCCUUUUCUUCUAUGACGAAAUUCCUGCAUCGUCGGCCCCCAACUACUGGGCCAGCCCCAUUGUUUGUCCUCGAGGGUUUCAAACCUAUGUCAAGAUCCUGGUUCUCCUCCAAGCUGCGCGAUCUUUGCCGGAGCUGUGGUCUGCUUCAGGAUCACUAUUCUCCUCACUCCCUGAGAUCGACGUCGCCACAACUGCAGCUCUUCUCCUCCCUGCAUCGACCCUGAAAUCCCUUGGGCGAUGGUCAUCAUCCGCUUACCAAAGAUACGUCAGACUUCAUAAGAGAGAGAUUCUGGCAGCACAAAAGCUUAUGAGCUCUAGCAACCCUUAAAUCAAAAUAAAUCUACGAAUUGCCUUGCUGAGUUAUCGUUGCAUAUCGGGUGGUUGCUGGGGGUUUAAAAUAACUGCAAGUUACUGCAGUAACCUUAUUAGUUGUCUAGCAGGACCUCGGUGUUCGUGAAUGACCGGGAGUGAUGCUACCCAGGUUUAAACGUAAUAGUCACUAGGUAGUAUGUUUCUCAUAGAACCAAGGUGCUCUAUGGAAAUGGCCUGAAGGUGAGGCAUACCCAGGUCUACACAUAAUAGUCACUAGGUAGUGUGUUUCUCAUGUAGCCGCGGUGCUCCAUGGAAAUGGCCUGAAGGUGAGGCAUACCCAGGUCUACACAUAAUAGUCACUAGGUAGUGUGUUUCUCAUGGAGCCGCGGUGCUCCAUGGAAAUGGCCUGAAGGUGAGGCAUACCCAGGUCUACACAUAAUAGUCACUAGGUAGUGUGUUUCUCAUGGAGCCGCGGUGCUCCAUGGAAAUGGCCUGAAGGUGAGGCAUACCCAGGUCUACACAUAAUAGUCACUAGGUAGUGUGUUUCUCAUGGAGCUGCGGUGCUCUAUGGAAAUGGCCUGAAGGUGAGGCAUACCCAGGUCUACACAUAAUAGUCACUAGGUAGUAUGUUUCUCAUGGAGCCGCGGUGCUCUAUGGAAAUGGCCUGAAGGUGAGGCAUACCCAGGUCUACACAUAAUAGUCACUAGGUAGUGUGUUUCUCAUGGAGCCGCGGUGCUCCAUGGAAAUGGCCUGAAGGUGAGGCAUACCCAGGUCUACACAUAAUAGUCACUAGGUAGUGUGUUUCUCAUGGAGCUGCGGUGCUCUAUGGAAAUGGCCUGAAGGUGAGGCAUACCCAGGUCUACACAUAAU